GCCCUUUAUCCAACAAAACACUCUGUUAUAUACACUCGUCUAUGUGAUGUGUGUGUUGCUCGGUCGUCGUUUCAUUCUGUUCCGUUCCGUUCGUACGUGUUCGCCUAGCUUUGCAUGGUCUCUUCAAUAUGAUGGUAUGUAUAUGUACGACAGCUGCGCCGUACAAAACUGGAACAUUGAGCUUUUAUCAUGUAAGUUGUCAACGUUUUUCGCACAACAUUCAAAGCGAGAGAAAAUGAGGAACUGAGCGAGAGAAGAAGAGAGAAGUGAAAGGUAAAAAGUGUGUGUAUGAAACACUCCAGUAAUCGAAUCCACACACACACAUACACACCAGCACCACCAUAGAGAAACUCGUGUGUGGCAGGAAAAUCUAUAAGAAAACGGCGAAAAGAAACGGGAAAAUAUCUCGCGCCAGAAUAUCAGUCUACAUUUGGUGGGCAACAUAUUUAGAUACAUUAUUGCGUUGAGUAUUUUUUAUGUUUAAAGGUCGAAUAAAUAUCCAAGGAAAGACACAAAAAAAACCAAAUUCAAAAUAAAUUCAUUGGAUAAAAGACAAAACGAAAAACAAUCAGUUCAGUGCGUUUUCAAUAAAGCGGAUUACAGUUUGUGGUGGUGAAAUUUGUAGGAAAAGAGAGUGGCAAAUAAACAUAGUCGUAUUUGAGGUGAAAUAAACAGUGUAAUCAGUGAACUUCCAAAUUCAUCUAUGAACCGAAGCUAAACCCUGGGCUCAUGGAUCAAUUAAAUGUGACCACAGCGAACUUGAAACAAAGUCAUAGUCCGUCAAAGGAUCAACAUAGCCAGGUGUUAUCAUCCAUAAAAAGUGUGAAAAACACGGAAUAUAGUCAUAACUAAUCAUACACAUACCAUCAGCACCAUCAGCACCACCACAUACAUCGUCGUAUCGUAAAAUAUAAUGGAAUACUGUAACGGCGGCUACAAUGGCAUGGUGUAUCAUCAUUCGCAACAGCAUAACCAUGAAUACCGUUACAAAGCGGGCAUGAUGAAAGUAGGCUACAAUAAUAAUUAUAAUAAUGUUUAUGGACACAAUCAGCAUAUCAGUUGGAAUGGGAUGCCGCCUCAUCAUCCGUCGUCUCAUCCCCAGUAUGGCAAUCGAAAUGUACCCGCGAGUGGUAUGCAUUAUGAUUCGUAUAAAGGGAAUAUGGUGCAAAAUUGUUUUCAAUCCACAUAUUCGGGUAAUUUUGAAUCGCCAUAUGAAUCGACGGCUGUACCCACAACACCAGCUUAUCGAUCACGAUUCGGAGGCUACCAAAUGUGCGAUACACAACAAUGCUUCCCAAAUGGUGACAAUGGUCGUACCGAUUACAUGUCAUCAUUGAAUGGUGGUGGUAGUAGUGCGGCAGGCAUAUCGUCUCGUUGUAUAGACCCUUUAGCCAGUAAUAGUAACAUUUCAACGCCAACAGAUCCAAGAAAUAGUCAUCAGCCACCACAACCGACGCCGCCGCCGCCGCCGCCGUCAUCAUUCAUACACGAUUCGGCCACACAUCAUCCACACAUGCGAAUUCCACCGCAUUCAAAUCAUCGUAUGUACGAUUCACACCCAAAGGCACGACCAUUUGGACAACAACAUCAUCACCAUCAACAUCCAGCGGCAUGGCCGUAUGGAAAUCAUCCACCACCACCACCCCAUAAUAGAAGCAGCGAAACAAUCAAUGAAUCGAAUCAUCACUAUUACCAAUAUCAUCAUGCGAUGAACAACAACAAUAAUCCCAAUUACAAUGAAUACCCGCACCAUAUCAACGCCAAUGGAAAUCAAUACGCAGCAGGUGCACCCAAUGGUCAACUGGUGAAAGAGGACAAAUCAUCCAAAAUGCAUCGUGAUCGCAGCUUAUCUAAACUGGUCGCAAUGAAUCGACGCCUCGAAACACAGAUGAAUGAGAGCGAACGGAUUGAACAGCAGCAACAGCCACAGCAGCAUCCACUCCAUCAUGAGCCAUUCGAGAAUUUCGAUUAUUAUACGGACUAUUCGGAGACACCUGAUUCGAUUACAUCCUCAUCUCAGUACACAAAUAAUGAUUGCAUGAUGAAUAAUGGUGACACGGACAACAACAAUAAUGUGAACGGCGCCACAAACAAUAGCCAGAAAAGUAAUUGUAAAGAAGGCAGCAAUCAACAAGCGACAAAUGAGUCGGAAUGGCAACAAACAACAACCACAUCCACGCCACAAAUAACCACGGCAACAACAACAACAGCAGCAGCAGCAGCAUCAACAACAUUGUCACCGUCAUCGUCGUCGUCGGCAACAGCAGCAUCGCCAACGGCAGCCGUCGAUACAAUACGAAUCGAAACCCAAUCGAAUGGUGAUGCUGGUUCAAAUAGUGAACCAAGCAUUCCGUUUGAUGGAAAUGGGAUAAAAAAGCAUGAACCACCGUCAUCAAUAAAUACCACAAUCAAAUCACCGGCCAAACACAAUACAAACAAAAAAGUUGUCAAGAGUAAAAAGGCAAACAAUAUGGGGACGAAGGAGCAUUCGGUGGAAAAACGACGGAAACGAAAGGAAAAGAAAUCAAACAUGGAUUUCAGUGAAAUCAGAGAGCUCAAGACGGAUACGAUACCGUUACCCGCCUUUUCAGCAGCAUUCGGUUCAACGGAGAUUGGACGCUUUUCGGAGAUAUUCUUUAAUGUUUCCGGUAGCCCGAUUGAGAUCGGUUUAUUUGAAUCGGAAGCCGAUACAUUGAGCCCGCAACCAUGGGAAAUGGGCGAUUCACUGGAGGGACCACAUUUUAGCAUGCAAGCUAAUAAUACACCAUUAAGCUAUGCAGAAAGCCUCGGCUCAACCGAUUCACCGACCGCAUCAAAUGCCAGCUAUUUUAGCGAUUUACGCGCAUCCGAAUUUUAGGAAAUGUGUCAAAACCAACAAUAACAAACCAAAUGAAAACAAUUUAAACAAAAAAAAAAAACAACCAAAACAAAGAAAAUCAACAUUCCGAUCAAAACGAAUGGAUUAGCAAAUUCUAGAAUUUUACAUGACAAAAAUGCUCUAAGCAAACCAAAAAAAAACAUAACAACCACAACCAGAUAUUAUAUAUAUAUUUAAUCUUUUUUACGAUGAAAAACAAACAAAGAAAAAAAAUAACAAACAAAAAAUCUACUUCCCAGUUUUUCGUUGAAACAAAUUAUGGACAAAACAAAUACAUUAAAUUGAUUUUAUUAUAAAAAUAUAUAUAAAAUUAACUUAUUAUAUUAGUCAAUCUUCCGAACGGAACUUUCGCACAUGAUGUGUCAGCCUGUUGAUUGAUCUCCUUUUUAUCGACCAAAAACUAUAACAAGAAUAAAACAAACAUCAAAAAAAUUAAAUAUCCAUACUGCUCACAUACACAAAUACACAGCAGAUCAUAGACUUCUUUAUUUGCGAUUGAUAUUAACAAUUUUUACUAUUAUUAAUUGCUGUUAAAUUAUCGUUUAGGAUAUUUGUUAUAUUAGAAAUGGAUGAAAAAAAAAACAACAAUAAAAAACCAAGCGAAAAACAACCAAAAA